CCCCGCGGCGCGCAGAGCGGCAGCACCGAGGCACCGAGCGGCCGCACCGGCACCGCCACCGCCACCGGCACCGCCCCGAGCCGGCCGCCAUGGCCGAGUACCGCAGCCUCCUGGAGGAGCUGGCGCAGAACAUCACGGCCGAGGACCUGGAGCAGCUCAAGUCGGCCUGCAAGGAGGACAUCCCCAGCGGCGAGGGCGAGGCCAUCGCCACCAGCCACCACUGGUUCGCCUUCCUCGAGAAGCACAGCAAGCUGGACAAGGCCAACCUGUCCUACAUCGAGCACAUCUUCGAGAUCUCGCGCCGCCCCGACCUGCUCACCAUGGUGGUGCAGUACCGCACCCAGGUGCUCAAGAUCUCGGAGGAGGACGAGGUGGACACCAAGCUCACCCGCAUCCCCAGCGCCAAGAAGUACAAGGACAUCAUCCGGCAGCCCUCGGAGGAGGAGAUCAUCAAACUGGCCCCCCCGCCCAAGAAAGCCUGAGGGGGGGCGAGGAAGAGGAGGAGGAGGAGGAGGAGGAGGAGGAGGAGGAGGAGGAGGUGGGGGGAGGCUGCGGCCCCCGUGUCCCCCCCCUGCCGCCUCUCCGGCCCUGGG